AUGGAACACCAAGAAGUUAUGAAGAAAUAUGAAAUGUUUUUAGCACUAUUCGAAAAAGUAAUGUUGAUGCAAAUUUUGUUUUCAUCAUUAUCACUCAUCAUAUUGUGGGUUAUUUUAUUGAUGAUUUUUUUCGACGACAAUAGAUUUGUGAAUUCGGAAGUUACAACAUUACAAAUGGUAUGCCUAAUUCCUUCAUACUCAUUUCAGAUAUUUAUGGUGUGUUAUUUAUUUGGAAAUUUACACAACCAAAAAGAUUCAAUAAUAUUCGCAUUGUACAGCAGUAAUUGGACUGAAAUGAAUAUAAAUUGUAAAAAAAUGAUAUUAUUUAUAAUAAAAAUGAAUAAUGCUAACUACAAAAAAUUAAAAUUCACAAGUACAAAAAUUAUAAACUUGGAAAUGUUUUUUAAAACAAUGGGUAAUUGUUAUACAGUUAUUUCGGUUUUAAUAAAUCAGAUUAAAACAAAGAAUGAAUAA